AUGAGCAACACGGUCUGGACCGAGAAUAAGGAUCACUCCGUCGAAGGUCACACCCUGACUGGCGCCCUCUACUACAACGACACCCUUAUUUGGGGACCCAGAGGUUGCCACGGAAACACGAGACGUCUCGGAGAUGCCCUCCACGACCUUGACCGUGGCUUUUACAUGAAAUUUGACGACAAGGAGAAAUCAAUCGAAGGACACACGCGCUACAUCAGCGUCAAGGCCAAAGGCAAUGUUAUUCUCGACAAACUCAGUACUCAUCCCAGCAUGGAUGAAUUGGCUACCGUUGUCAAGGGUGUUCUAGCUGGUAAAGGAGAACUUGCUGAGUGA